UGGCGAUCGGAGUUCACAUCACUGAUAACACAACCAAAGUACUUUAUCUGUCCAAAAAUAAAAUAAAGUUCCCCGGCUGUUGGAACUGAAUUCGUAGACCACAAGAAGUGGAAAGAAGACAAGGAUUCAUUUUAGUCAGUCUGCUAGGAACUUGUACAAGAAAAUGCCCGCAGAUAUAAUGGAGAAAUCGACUUCGUCCCCCGUGCCUGCAACCCCAGCCAAUAUAAACGCUACACCAGAUAAGCCAAAAACUGCUUCUGAAAAUCGGAAGUCAUCCAAACCAAUUAUGGAAAAGAGACGCCGGGCUAGAAUAAACGAAAGUUUAAGCCAACUUAAGACGCUGAUUCUGGAUGCGCUGAAAAAAGAUAGUUCGAGACAUUCAAAGUUGGAAAAAGCUGAUAUCCUCGAAAUGACAGUGAAGCAUCUCCGAAAUCUCCAGCGAGCGCAAAUGACUGCUGCUUUGAGUACAGAUCCAACAGUUCUGGGCAAAUACAGAGCCGGCUUCAGCGAAUGUAUGAACGAAGUGACCCGUUUCUUAUCCACCUGCGAAGGGGUUAACACAGAAGUCCGAACCAGACUCCUGAGUCACUUGGCAAACUGCAUGUCUCAGAUCAACGCCAUGAACUACUCCCAGCCGCCCCCCAGCCCAGCUGUGACCGGCGGAUCUCACGCUGCUUUUGGGCAGCCCCUUCACGUCCAGCUGUCUGGGUCAGUUGGCAGCGGGGGACCCCUGAAUGGAGUCAACAUGCCUUGUAAGCUGGGUGCGGCUGACGCAAUGCCUGCAGCGGCGGUCGCCGCUCCGACUAAAGUCUACGGCGGGUUUCAGCUCGUGCCAGCAUCAGACGGCCAGUUUGCAUUCCUCAUUCCCAACACGGCGUUUGGACCGAGCGGACAGCUAACGGCAGGACCUAUCAUCCCGUUGUACGCCAAUGCGAACGGAACGGCAUUGCCCUCCUCUGUUUCCCCGGCCAACAGGUCUCCCGUUCAGCCGUCUGGCAUUGCCCCUGCGUCCGGAUUCCCGCUUCCGCUGUCGGCAGCCACUACUGCUGUCAGCCCAGUUAGCGUGGGUGUACCAUCAGAUUCCUUAAAUUCCGUCUGGAGACCCUGGUAACAGGGCCGCCUCCUCUGCUUUCAGUGACUGGAAACUUCCGAAAUAAAGACUUGCUCUUUAAAGUUAACUUUCUUAUAGUUUUGUACAGUCAUGUCAAAAUUAUGCACUAUAUCUGUACAUAUUUCGAAUGUUAAUAUCAGGUUGCGUUUGUCUUAGCAAGAUGUUCAUUUUUCUAUGAUCUGUUGAAAUGCCAAAGAUAAAUUGAAUGCUCUUAAAGGUUCCUUCCAGGAAGAUUUAUAUUUGAAAUAAAAAGAAAACUAACAUUUA